AUAUUCUGACUAAGUAAUGCACAAGUCCCAUUUCAAAUCACGUUGUCAAAAGUUUCACAACAAAACCUUUGAGUUUUAAAUGUACCAGACAACGCGUACAGUCUCAAAUUUAAUGCAGGCUAACACAGUUUUGAACUAAGCGAGAAACCGAACUAACCUGUUGCGGUCGGGUUCCACCCGGGCAGCGGCCCAGCUGCUGUUGUCACAUAACGGGACUACUUCACUUUCAACCGAGACACAAACAGCUGGGUUUCUACUGCUUAGUAGACUGAAAUGGCCUCAGGAGGGGCCUCWGCUCCCAGGGCCCCCUGUCUGGCCACCAAGGUGGAGCUGACCAUCUCGUGCCAGAAUUUGAUGGACAUGGAUGUUUUCUCCAAGUCGGACCCUGUGUGCAUCUUAUACAUCAACACAUCCAGUUCUCACUGGUAUGAGUUUGGUCGCACAGAGAUGAUCCUAAACUGUCUGAAUCCAAAGUUUGCCAAGAAGUUUGUUCUCGACUACUUCUUUGAGACGGUGCAGAGGUUGAAGUUCUCUGUGUAUGACAUCGACAGUGACAACCAAGACCUGAAGAAGCAUGACUUUCUGGGGGAGUUGGAAUGUACUCUGGGUCAGAUCGUCUCAAACAGGCAGAUGACUCGACCGUUGUUGUUGAAGGAUAACAGGCCUGCCGGUCAUGGGACCAUUACUAUUUGCGCUGAAGAAAUAACAGACACACGAGUGGCAAACUUUGAAGUGUCAGCCCGCAGCCUGGACAAGAAGCGGGUAUUUGUUCAGUUUUUGUGGUGGUCUGAUCCUUUCCUGGAAUUCUACAAGCAAACUGAAAGUGGAUGGCAGCUGGCUCACAGAACAGAGGUCGUUUAUGACAACCAGAACCCAGUUUGGAGACCGUUCCGGAUAACACUUCGAUCUCUCUGUGAAGGAGAUGUGGAAAAACCAAUAAAGGUUGACUGUUACGAUAAUCGUGAAAACGGCUCCCAUGUCCUUAUUGGAAGCUUCAGGACUACACUAGCAGAGAUGUYCGCGCAAACACACUCCUUCCCUGUAGAAUUUGAAUKCAUCAACCCAAAAAAGUUGGACAACAGGAACUAUAAAAACUCAGGUGUCAUCUGCAUAAGGCGUUUUCAGGUGGAAAAAGAAUAUAGCUUCCUGGAUUAUAUAAUGGGAGGGUGUCAGAUYAACUUCACGAUUGCCAUUGACUUUACAGGCUCUAAUGGGAAUCCCACCUCUCCUCAGUCCCUCCACUACAUCAACCCCAAUGGCUAUAAUGAAUACCUGCAGGCCAUAUGGGCUGUGGGUAAUGUCAUCCAAGACUAUGACAGUACCAAGAUGUUUCCUGUGUUUGGUUUUGGAGCCAAAGUUCCUCCAUCCCACCAGGUUUCCCAUGAGUUUGCCAUCAACUUCAAUCCAACAAAUCCAUUCUGUUCAGGCAUAGAAGGAGUGGUGCAGGCGUACCAGCAGUGUCUGCCACAGGUGGAGCUCUGGGGUCCCACCAACUUCGCGCCGAUUAUCAACCACGUGGCCCAUUUCGCCAAACAGGCUCUCCACCAGCACUUGGCUGCACAAUACUUUGUGCUGCUCAUCCUCACAGAUGGUGUCAUCACAGACAUGGACCAGACUCGUGUUGCCAUUGUGGAGGCCUCCCGUCUGCCAAUGUCUAUCAUUAUAGUGGGCGUUGGUGCAGCAGAUUUUAGCGCCAUGGAGUUCCUGGAUAGUGACGACAAACUGCUGUAUACGCCCACCGGGGAAGCCGCCGUCAGAGACAUYGUGCAGUUUGUGCCUUUCAGACAGUUUUACGGUAACAGUGUGGCCCUUGCUCAGAGCGUCCUGGCAGAGCUUCCUGAUCAAGUGGCAUCUUUCUUCAAUGCUUACAAGCUAAAACCUCCCAAUCUUGCAUGUGUGCCGGAGCCUUCCCAAUAAAAUGUGUUAAUUUGUGCCUCCUUCAGACCAGUCUGUAAACUGAGCUCUGCUGCUCUGAAACUCCAGAGCAUAUGGYUUAAAAGUCAAACAAAGGUUUAAAAAAAAUGUGUAUUUUGCAUAUUUUGUAUUCAUACAAUGUUUUAUUUAAAAAUGUGCCUCAAAUUAUUCACAACUGUAAUGAAAAAAUAUUUAAAAAUACGAUUUUCCACCUGCUAAAUGGGGCCAGAGAGACUCUUCAACCGGACCAGAGAGACCCUUUAUUUAAAAUCGACAUCAAGCUUUCAUUUAAGUUGCGUAAUGAAAAUGUUUAGAAGUUAAAGAUAAAACUAGGCUUUUUCUUCAUAUUAUGUUUUUCUUUCAGUGCUAGGAAGCAUCUUGUUUUAAUAAGCUUUCUGCCCCUGUUGGACCACUGUGACAUUUAUAUGAAUGCACCUGUCCUACACAUGCCUACACAGUUUGGAUGCUGUGUAUCACAGUUCAUUAAGGUUCAUAACAGGAUGUAAAACUUUCACUCAUCACUGCACAUCAUUAACAAUUCGUAGGCUCAUGCACUAGUACAUUUUAUCUAUAAAACUAUUUUGGRAUUGUUCCCACCUUACUUGUCCUCAUACCUUUCACUUAGACAGUCCGGUGACAGGCUACGCUCUCAGGACUCGCUCUCCUUCAGUGUUUCGUUAGUACGGUCAGAACUUAGGGAAAAAAAGUCAUUCUGCUCCGUCAACGUGGAACGCUCUACAGCAGGAUAUGAAGUUACGUACUUUGAUUUCCUUGGGACAAUUCAAAUUUCUUCUAAGACAAAACGUGAAAUCUUAUGAAAUGUGCUCUUGUUUUUAGCUCGUUUUAUUAGCUUAUUUAUUUGAGUCAAUUGGAUUUUUUUUUUGUUAUUGUGUGCGUGUGUAUCUUGUGUGUUUGUAAAUUUUGCUUUAUAACAGGUCUCUCUUGGAGAUGAGAUUCUGGAUCUCAAUGAGACUACCUGUAUGAAUAAAGGUAAAAAAAAAAACCAUA